UCAUGGCUCGCCGAGUCCUGGUCGGCGUCUGCCUCCUGCUCGUCCUCCCCUGCUUCUUCCUGGCAUGCGCCGGCGCCGGGCAGAAGAAGUACGAGGCCAUGUUCAGCUUCGGGGACUCGGUGAGCGACACUGGCAACAUCUGCGUCAACAAGUCGGCUGCGGCGCAGCUCCUGCUGACCAUCGCGCAGCCGCCCUACGGCAUGACCUACUUCGGCCACCCCACCUGCCGCUGCUCCGACGGACGUCUCGUCGUCGACUUCCUCGCUCAGGAGCUGGGGCUGCCGCUGCUCCCGCCGUCCAAGCUGCACGGCACGGACUUCCGCAAGGGCGCGAACAUGGCCAUCGUCGGCGGGACGGCCCUGGACUUCGAAUUCCUCAAGUCCAUCGGCCUCGGCUACCCGAUCUGGAACAACGGCGCCAUGAACGUCCAGAUCCAGUGGUUCCGGGACCUGCUGCCGUCCAUCUGCGGCUCACCACAAGGACAUGGCUGCAAGGUCCAUUUGGCCAAGUCCCUGUUCGUGUUCGGCCCCUUCGGCGGGAACGACUACAAUGCCAUGCUGUUCUUCGGGUUCACCGUGGAUCAAGCACGGAACUACACGCCAAGAAUCGUGGACAACAUCGCCAGCGGUGUCGAGCAACUGAUAGAGCUGGGUGCAGUGGACAUCGUCGUCCCGGGAGCUCUGCCGGUGGGGUGCUUCGCCGUCUACCUGACCAUUCUCCCAAGCACCAACCCAGCCGAGUACGACGAGUUCGGGUGCCUGAAGCCGCUCAACGACCUGUCGAGGUACCACAACUCUCUGCUCCAGAGCAGGCUCGCCGGCCUCCGGGCCAGGCACAGAUCGGCGAGGAUCAUGUACGCGGACUACUACGCCCAGAUCGAGCUGACGGUGCACAGGCCGCCACUCUUCGGUUUUAGCAGCGGCGCCAUGACGGCGUGCUGCGGCGCCGGCGGCGGCAAGUACAACUACGAGUUCGAGGCCCGGUGCGGCAUGAAGGGCGCGAGCGCCUGCGCGGACCCGUCGACCCACGAGUCCUGGGACGGCAUCCACCUGACGGAGGCGGUGAACAGGCAGACCGCCGACGGCUGGCUCAUGGGGCCCUACUGCCACCCUCCCAUUCUGCAGUAGGAACACGGUGCAGGUAGCUAUGCAUAUCAGCAUAUGGAUCGAUGCAACGUCGUGGAGGAGUGGAGUUGGGCAGCUAGAGUAGUAUGCUCGGCCCGUCCGUACAAUAAUUUGUGAAACCCUGCUCAGUGCAGAUCGGUCUGGCAUAUCGGUUAUCCAUGUGAGAUGAACCAAACAAUUACUCUGUUUCUGCACAGUGACAGAUCCAG